AUGUAUGAACCUAUUGAGGAUGUGGAAAAAAUGGAAUAUUACCGGGCUGGAGGCUAUCACCCAGUAACGAUCGGGGACCGGUUUCAUGAUCGCUACCGGGUAGUCCAUAAACUCGGCCAUGGUACAUACUCGACCAUUUGGCUGGCCCGCGAUGAAGUAUCCAAUAGAUAUGUGGCAGUGAAAUUUUGUACGGCGGAUUCGAAACCCCUGGAGAACGUGGUGCUGUCCAGGCUGUCACAACCCCAGCAAUCGUCAGGCAUAGACCAAGGUUUGAUCCCUACAAUUUCAGAUAUCUUCAAUAUACAAGGCCCCAAUGGCAGUCACGCCUGCUUGGUCACCAGGCCAGCACGAAUGAGCCUGUCAGAUGCAAAGAAUGGAUCAUGGAUCAGUCUCUUUCAGCUUGAGGUAGGCCGAGCGAUAGCAGCGCAGCUCAUGAUUGCUGUCCAGUACAUCCACUCCCAAGGUAUUGUCCAUGGGGACCUUCACCGUGGGAAUACUCUACUUCGGCUAUCCCGUGACUUUGACGAGCUGUCGACUGAAAUGCUCUAUGAAAAAUAUGGAGAGCCGAUACUCGAGCCAGUCAAUAGAUUAGAUGGUCAAGAGAUUCCGCCAGAGGUGCCACAGCAUGGUGUGAUACCUCUAUGGCUUGGAGAAGCAAGUGAAGAUGUAACACUCCCGGAAGCCAAGGUCCUGGUUUCAGACUUUGGUGAAGCAUUCUGUCCUUCGCAUGAACAAAAAUUCGAGUCUCAUACACUUGUGGUCCGUCCCCCGGAGGCCCGGUUUGAGCCAACCCAGCCUUUGACUUUUUCGUCUGAUAUCUGGACACUUGCCUGUACCAUGUGGGAUAUUAUGGGACAAAGAACACUAUUUGAGGGCCUUCUGACAAAUGAUGACGACAUGACUAGCCAACAAGUCGAAUUACUUGGUCCGCUGCCCUCCGAAUGGCUCACCAAAUGGACAGAAAUUCGAGACAAGGGUAGCAAGUCGACCCACCAACCUCCCACAUCUUCGACUCAGUCAUGGGAGGAUCGAUUUGAAAAACAUAUGCAGCAGUCGCGGAUACGGGAGGGAAUGCCACCAUUUGAAUCAAUAGAACGUGAUGCUUUCAUCUCCAUGUUACGCUCUAUGCUUCGCUUCAGGCCGGAAGAUCCCCCUUCUGCAUAG